CUUCCUUAGCGCGCUUUAUAAGCGCGAUAUGAAGUGUUCAACUCCACCUACAACUUCACAUCUGUUCAAACACUUCUUCACUUACUUUCUUAAGAAAACUUCAUUAACAAAAAUGGCGCAAAAGAGCAAGGUUUUGGUGAUCGGAGGCACAGGAUACAUCGGAAAAUUCGUCGUCGAAGCGAGCGCUAAGGCAGGCCACCCAACGUACGCUCUCGUUCGCGAUGAAACGCUUUCUAACCCUGCUAAAGCUCCCAUCAUUGACAACUUUAAAAGCUUGGGUGUCAAUUUGGUGGCUGGAGAUGUUUAUGAUCAUGAAAGCUUAGUGAAGGCAAUCAAGCAAGUAGAUGUUGUGAUCUCCACCGUUGGUUACUUUUUGUUGGCGGAUCAAGUGAAGAUCAUUGAUGCAAUUAAGGAAGCUGGCAAUGUUAAGAGAUUCUUGCCGUCGGAGUUUGGUGUGGAUGUGGACCGUACUAGUGCCGUGGAGCCAGCUAAAUCGAUGUUCGCCCUCAAAGCCCAAGUCCGGCGAGCCGUGGAGGCUGCCGGAAUUCCCUACACUUACGUAUCAUCCAACAACUUUGCUGGCUACUUUCUCCCUAGUUUCUCUCAGCCUGGAGCCACUACCCCUCCAAGAGACAAAGUUGUCAUCUUAGGUGAUGGAAAUGCUAAAGCUGCUUUCAAUAAGGAAGAUGACAUUGGAACUUACACCAUUCGAGCAAUGGAUGAUCCAAAGACCUUAAACAAGAUAGUCUACAUUAAACCCUCUGGUACAACAUUGUCCUUCAAUGAGCUCGUUUCCUUGUGGGAGAAAAAGAUUGGUAAAACCAUUGAGAAAGAGUACAUUCCUGAAGAACAGGUCUUGAAAAACAUCCAAGAUUCCCCACCACCAGUGAAUGUAUUUUUGGCAAUUGGACAUGCUGUUUUUGUGAAGGGUGAUCAGACUAACUUCAACAUUGAAGAGUCAUUUGGAGUGGAGGCUUCUGAACUUUAUCCUGAUGUCAAAUACACUACUGUGGAUGAAUACCUCAACCAGUUUGUUUAGAAAUUAAGAUAUCUUGGACAUCAUAUUUUCCAAGUAUCAUAAUUUCUAGUCCAAAUGCAAUUGAAAUUUUAAUUUCCUAUUAAGGAAAAUUAUCCAAGUAGUAACAAAAGGAUUUCAAUUACUAUUGAGAAUAAUGUAACUUUUGCUUUGUGUCCUGUGAUAUGAUUUACUUAUAUUUUCUUA